AUGAGCCAUAAUCAUGGAGGAGGUAGUAGUAUGGGAGGCGGCAUGACCAUGGGAACAGCGCUAUUCCAGGAGACAAAUGUUCAGCUCGCACAGUCGUUCUGGUACAUCAUCGCAGGAGUCGUCGGGUUCCUGGGUAUCAUCCGCGGUCUCAACUACCUCGAGGGCCUAAGAAGACUCAAGCGUAGCCGCACCGAGUCCGUUCGAUUCCCGACGAAACCCUCAAAUAUGAUAACACAAAUAUGGGCGACAUCAACAGCGCUCGUCCGCGAAGCAGGCCACCCUCAACUCUACAUCCCGAUCAAGGGCCUGCGCUGGGCGACGCCGCCGUCACUCGGCCGCGUGCUCGUCCUCCUGGCCUACUGGGCCGUCAUCGUCUACAUGAUGGUCAACGAUGCCGUCAUCAAGGACGCGUACUUCUGGGAACGCAUAGGUUUCCGCAACGCCUGGGUGACUGUCAUGCAGAUGCCCCUCCUCUAUCUCCUAGCGAUGAAGGUGAACGUGUUGGGCUUCAUCAUCGGCGCCUCGCAUGAACGACUAAGCUGGCUCCAUAGGUGGGUCGCCAGGACAAUGUUCGUCACGGCGACCGUCCACGGGUUUCAUUUCUGGUCGGAAUGGGUGCGGGCAGACUUUGUCGAGACGCAGCUGAGGAUCCUACCCGUUAUCAAGUACGGCCUCGGGGCGUGGGGGAUCCUCAUCUGGACGUUCCUCACGGGUAUGAGGCCCCUCCGCAGUAUGGCGUACGAGCUCUUCCUCCUGCAGCACAUCCUCUCGGCGGUCCUCUUUAUCUGGCUGGUCUACGUCCACAUUCCGGCCUACGCGAAGCAGUACCUCUGGUUCUCAGUCGCCAUCAUCUGCUUCGACCGCCUCGCGCGCUGGGCGUUCCUCGCGUGGCAAAAUACGAGGCUCCGACCUAAUAGAUCGACGUGUAAGGGGAUGAAGCGGGUGGGACAUGAGGUGCAGGUCCGGACGGCGGGUUCGUCGACGACAGUGUUGACGAUCAAGGAUGUUCAUUUCUCCUGGAAGGCGGGACAGCACUUAUAUCUCUGGCUGCCACGUAUCGGGCCCUUUGAGGCGCAUCCGUAUACUAUUGCGUGCGCGCACCAGUUGCCGGAGACGUGUACCUGCAACAGUAUCCAGCUCGUCGUCCGGAAACACGGCGGGUUCUCCAAGAGACUGCAUAACUAUGCGGAGAAGGUUCAGGCAUCUGGGAAGAAGGAGACUCUCACGGGCUUCGUGCUGGGGCCAUUCGGGGCGCCACCCAGAUGGGAUAUCUACGAUACCAUGGUUCUCAUCUCAGCGUCUACGGGGACGUCUUUCACACUGCCUAUCUUGGAGAGCAUCGUUCAGAGCCGAAGGAAGACAUGCAUAACGAGGAUCGAGUUCAUCCUCAUGGCAUGCCAGGGUGAGGAAAUCGAGUUCUACACGCAUCGACUACGGGAGUCGAUGGAGCGGGCGCAUCAGAACGGCAUCGAACUGCAGGUGCAUAUCGCCAUUACGCGGUCCGGCAAAGCCAAAGAAGGCGAGGCGACGACGGUUCUCUACUCGGACCGCGAAGGAAGCUCUAGUUCAAGUUCGUCUGCCAAACACAGAAGGAUCGCCUCUGACGACUCCGUGGAUGGCAGAGGUGGCGGAGGAUGUUGUCAGGAAAAAGGACUGGACUUGGAAAAGGGCGACGAGGUGCCGCUUACACCCAGGAUCCGGAGCGGGUCUGUGAUGAGCAUGGUGAAGGAGUACUAUUCUCGUCCUGAUCUGGAGGCUCUAAUUCGAGAACCAGUCGAGGCUGCGGGCGGCGAGACGUCGAUCGUUGUUUGUGGUGGGCAGUCGUUGACGAGUUCCGUGAGGAAUUGCGUGGCCUCAUUAUCGGACGAGAGGGCGGUCCAUAAGGGGACGGGGGCACAGGGGAUUCAUCUUUUUGUUGAGGAGUACUCGUUUUAG